AUGAACUCGAUAGCCAAGACAAAUGAUGCGAUAUUAAAUUUAUAUACUGAACAACCUUGGCUAUAUGGCAAUGGUAUUGCUUCUUAUGAUAUUAAUUUAAAAAUGAUUCACAAUCAGUCCAGCAAAACAACUUCUUGUAUUUUGGAAUGUAGCGCUGAUUGUUAUGAUGAAGUGACGGUGUCCAACAUUGGUCGAUAUUUUCAAAAUCUACUUUUACAUAUCUUCACUGAAAGUACGAAAACCAUUGGAUUCGUUCCAUGUCUUGAAAAAAUUGGAAAUCUUUCUCUUUUACCAAUGAACGUUGAAACUUUAUCAAACAUCAACGAAUCACUACGACAUUUCUCCGAAAUAAAUGCUGUUAUUGAAAAACACAUGCCCAUGAUUGGUGCAAGCAUGUUCUGGCAUAAUGCUCUACAUGAUUACAAACUAGAUCAAUAUCUCUCAUUGCCAUAUGAUCGAUAUCGACUUACGACUGAAUAUCGAAAUGGUCGCGGAACAUCUAUUUCAUUCGAUUUAGAUCGAGAUCUUUGUGAUACUUUCCUUCAGUACACAUCUUCACAAAACAUCUCACUUGAACAUCUGGCGUUGUCUAUGUAUUUUGUCUUUCUAUUUAAACUAACGAAUGGAGAAACAGAUCUAUGCAUUGGAAUGAACGUAGAUGGUCGAUACAGAGAUGAACUUAGAUCUGUGAUUGGUAUGUUUGUCAAUACUAUUCCCUUGCGAUGUCAACUAGAUCCACACUGGUUUCUACAUGAACUUAUUACAUAUGUUCAAGAGAUACUGACAAACAGUUGCAAAUACUCUUAUUUUCCUCUACAACGUGUCCUUAAUCAACAUCCACAUUCUUUGAAACCUGCAUUUCUUGAUACAUCAUUCGAGUUUAUGCGAUAUUCACCACAAGAUCUCGGCAAAGAUGUGAUUAUAGGUGACAGUCAUCUUUCUGUGAUACCUAUUUCAAUCAAAAUUAGUAAAGAUAACAUCAUAAGCAAAUCUGACUUCAUUCUUAGUAUUCGGCAUGAUUUUGAAAUGAAUCAAUUCUCCUGUGCAAUCAUUGCAUCACUUGACUUGUUCAAUCAAGAGACAGUGGAGACGACUUCACAGAGAUUUCAUUCCAUCAUACAACAAUUAUUUGCAUCUAUGAUUAAUAGUCAAAUAAACAAACCUCUCUAUGAAUUAUCAUUAACAUUAUCAAAUAAACAAUAUUUAAUACAAUCAUUGAAUAAUACGCAAAUAUCAUUUCCAUCUCCUCUCACUUGUAUUCAUCAUGAAUUUGUCUAUCAAGUGAUGAAACAUCCACAAAAACUAGCUGUUGAACUAGAUGAACAAUCAUUGACAUAUUGUGAACUCUUGUAUUAUGUUCAAGUCUUAUCUUCAACUGUUCUUAAUGAUUAUCAUGUGUUUCUAGGUGAGGUUGUGUGUCAGUGUGUUGAGCGAAGUUUAUCAAUGAUUAUUGGUUUAUUAUCAAUUGAAAUUAUUGGUGGUGUAUAUUGUCCACUAUCACCAGAAAAUCCCGAGCAACGUCUUCAAAACCUUGUAGAACAAACACAAGCUCGUCUUAUACUUGUUCAUUCAUUAACAAACCGAAUAUUUAAAAAUAAUUUCAUUACAUAUGAUAUUGAUGCAGCUAUAAACGUUAAUGAUAAAAUUACAAAUGAUGAUCUUUAUCAAUUAUCAAAUAUUUCAAUAACUCCAGAUAAUAUAUCAUAUAUUGUUUUUACAAGUGGCUCGACAGGAAUACCAAAAGCGGUUCAAGUACGACAUCGUAAUUUAAUUGCUUAUAUGCAAAGUUUUGCUGAAAUGACAACACUGAAAAGAAGUGAUAAUGUAAUACAAAUGGCAAGUUGUUCUUUUGAUAAUCAUUUUCAAGAAACUUUUGUAGCAUUAAUGAUUGGUGCUGAUUUAAUUAUGUUACAUCCUCAUGGUAAUAAAGAUUUAACUUAUCUUAUUCAUGAAUUAAUGGAUAAAGAUGUGACUUUUUUGGAUGCUGUGCCAAGUUAUCUUGAUAUGUUAUGUCAACAUCUUGAAAUGCAAAAUGAAAAUGAAUGUUUGAAGAAAUUGCGAAUAUUGUGUAGUGGAGGUGAUGUUUUAACAAAUAAAAUAAUGUCUCGUUUAAAAAAAUAUGUAUCUAUACCAUCAUCAUCCUCAUCAUCGUUGGAUGGCUGUCAACUGUGGAAUAUGUAUGGGCAAGCUGAAGUAACAGUUACCACAACAUAUUUUCAAAUAGGAUUCGAUUUUGAUUGUGAUAAACAAGUGAUGUCAAUUGGAAAACCACUUCCUAAUUAUCACUGUGCAAUAAUGGAUGAAUAUUUUCAAUUUAUUGCUGUUAAUCAAGAAGGCGAAUUAUUUGUUGGUGGUGCAUGUGUAUUUGCUGGAUAUUUUGGUCGUGAUGAUUUGACAGCAAAAGUAUUGAUUGAGAUUAAUAAUGAUAUAUUUUAUCGAAGUGGUGAUGUUGUUCAAUAUGAUCAUCAAGGUCUUCUUUAUUUCAAAUGUAGAAAAGAUCAUCAAGUAAAGUUACGAGGACAACGUAUAGAAUUGGCUGAAAUUGAGAAAUGUCUUAUGAAUAUAUCAUUAUCUGUAUCUGCUUGUACUGUUAUCAAAUGGAAUGAAGAACAUUUAGUUGCUUAUGUUCAAAGUUCUGAUAUUGAUGAAAAACAAUUACGGGAACAUUGUCAAUCACAUUUAUCACCUCAUAUGAUUCCAUCAUUAUUCAUUAUUUUGGACAAAUUACCUUUGAAUCCAAAUGGAAAAAUAGAUCGAAAACUCCUUCCUCCACCGAGGUUUUCAUCGCCAAAUAUGCCAUCGCUAAGUGAACUUAAUACCCCAGUCAAUCAAGUAGAAAAAAGUGUAUAUGAUAUUUGGUGCCAAGUGCUGGAGCACAAUGGACGACAUAUAUCAACAACUACAAACUUCUUUACUAUCGGAGGUCACUCUCGUUUGUUUAUUGAACUUUAUCAUCGUUAUCAAACUAUGUUUGGUUUCGAUAGUCGUACAUUAUCUAUUAGUCCCUUUCUUAAACAACCAACUAUUCAACAGCACGCAAAAUUAUUAAAGGUAGUCACAGCUGAUGAUAUUCGAAGCGAACAAUGGUAUACUCUGCAUAUUAAUCAAAGUGAAGAUCUCUAA